UCAUUAGUACAGAGAAGCUAAUAAUUUAAAAUGUUCUCAAAGAUUGUAUGUCUACUUGGUGUUGUUGCUGUUGCAACUGCGCAGUAUGGUCAUGACCAAAGUCACGGCCACGCCUUCUCGUCGCAACACAUCUCGCGGCACGAUGGCCCCGCACAAGUUGUGCAUGUCAAGGGUCACGGGCACGAUGGUCAUGGUCACGAAGACCACAUCGAUUAUUAUGCCCACCCUAAAUACGAGUUCGAGUACAAAGUGAGCGAUCCUCACACCGGCGACCACAAGAGCCAGCACGAGUCCCGCGACGGUGACGUCGUCAAGGGAUAUUACUCGCUGCACCAGCCUGACGGCUCCAUUAGACAUGUCGACUAUCACGGCGACAAGCACUCAGGGUAA